AAAGAAAAUAUCAAAAAGCCAUCAGAUAGUCAACCCAAGGUUAUUGACAAAAUACAAAGUCCCCUUAAAGCAUUUUCCUCUUUAAGUCUCAAAGAAGUGUUAUACGAUGUGGAUAGUCAAGACUUUAAGGAUGAAUUGUGUGUGCCAACUUACGCCAAAGAUAUUCACGAAUAUAUGUUUAUUAUAGAGCAAACUCAAGCGUUAAAGGACGAUUACAUCGCCAGCCCUUACAUAACGCUCAGUAUGAGACAAAUACUCAUAGACUGGAUCAUGCAAAUCCAUCAACAUUUCAAAUUGCUCCCCGAAACUUUGUAUCUAACGGUCAGUAUUAUCGAUCGAUAUUUACAGAGUGUUAAGGAUGUUCAAAGAAAAAAUUUGCAACUCGUAGGCGUGACUUCCAUGUUUAUAGCCUGCAAAUUCGAGGAAUUGUACAUCAUGGAAGUCAGGGAUUUCGUGUACGUCACCAAGGACACCUAUUCAAUUCAAGAAAUUUUAUCCAUGGAAAUCGCCAUACUUAAAAUCAUAGAUUUUGCCUUCAGCAAACCUUAUUCUAUCCAUUUCUUGAGACGGUAUUCUAAGAUAGCGCAGGUAUCAUUCGAAGAACACACGAUGUCCAAAUUUUUCAUAGAGAUGACCCUAUUAGACCCUUCAAUACUAAGCCAGCGGCCCAGUAUCAUAGCAGCUUCCGCUUUGUGUUUAGCCAUGAAAAUCUGUAAAGGCAUCAAUUCCCAAACAGCUGAUAACGAAUCGGAAAGUGACGAUGAAAAGGACAUUUGUUGGAACAAGGGAUUGCAGCAUCACUCACAUUACGCUGAAAAGGAUUUGAAUGCCCUCAUGGUUCAUUACCUAAAAUUGUCUCAGAAAAAUUUCAAAUCAGCUCAUUAUAAAACACUCAUAUCCAAAUACUCAACUUCAAAAUUUAGCAACGUUGCUUCCAUGGUUCAGGAUUAUUGCGAUUUAUAA